UCGUUUCUAGCGAAAAACACACUUUCUAUGUUUUUUGAGAUGAUGAUGAACCGCAUGGCGGCGCUGCAGGCUAAAGAUUCACAGAAAAGAUCGGCGGAAACGCCAUUUCCCAUAAAGACGGAGCUGAAUCCGUUAAGAAGAGAAGCUUUCUUAGUUGGAACUGGAGGAAAGGUCCGGGAGCCUCAUAUUUUUGAGCAGACAAACGGAUAAAAAUUGUAGCCUCGGAUUAUCAUUUGCAAUCCAUCUCGGCUGCACGCAUAUUGAGAGGAGGGGGUAAGAAAUGGAACUUGUUGGAGCGACGAACCCGCGACAAAGGCAAGUUCUCUUUCUCCUUGUUCUACUGGGUGUGUCUAGGGCGGUCUCGGAGCCGAAACGGUUUUCAGUAGUGGAGGAAAUAGAGAGGGGCUCCUUUGUGGCCAAUGUAGCAAAGACCUUGGGUCUGGAAGUGGGGGAACUGUCGGAUCGGAGGAGCAGAAUCGUUUUCAAAGGGAACAAAGAGUAUUUGCAGCUGAACCGUAGAACCGGGGACCUGCUCUUGACAGAGAAACUGGAUCGGGAGGAGCUGUGCGGCCCCGCUGAUCCCUGUGUGCUCCCUUUUAAGAUCUUGUUGGAAAACCCCUUUCAGAUUCUUCCGGCUGAAUUAAGUGUACUGGACAUUAAUGACCAUUCACCAGUAUUCUUAGAAACUGAGAUGCUUCUAAAAAUCUCCGAGAGCACCUCCCCCGGGACUGUGUUUCAGCUAGAAAGUGGGAAAGAUUUAGACGUGGGUAGCAACAGUAUCCAGAACUACACAAUCAGUCCCAACUCUCUUUUUCAUAUUCAAAUUCGAGAUAGCAGUGAAGGCAAGAGAUACCCAGAGCUUGUUCUGGAUGAAACAUUGGAUCGGGAAGAGCAGUCAGAGGUCACUUUAACUCUCACUGCAGUGGAUGGGGGAGUCCCACCAAGAUCUGGAACUGCCCAAGUGCGAAUCCUCGUAGUUGAUAUCAAUGACAACGCCCCGGUGUUUGCUCAACUGCGUUAUGAAGUUCAAAUCCCUGAAAACAGUUCCAUCGGAUCCAAGAUUGUCACAGUUUCUGCCACAGAUUUAGACGCAGGGAAUUAUGGAGAAAUAUCUUACGCUUUUUUGCAUGCCUCUGAAAAUACUCGCAAACUUUUCCACCUUAAAAGGGAAUUGGGAGAACUUUACUUAAGGGAGAAAGUGGAUUUUGAAUCAGCUCAAUCUUACACUAUAAAUAUCCAAGCCGUAGACGGGGGUGGUCUUUCAGCAGAAUGUACUGUUAUUAUUCAGGUCAUAGAUCUGAACGAUAAUCCUCCAGAAGUCACUAUAUCUUCAUUUACCAGCCCCAUCCCAGAGAAUUCUCCUGAGACAGUGGUAGCUGUUUUCAGUGUUUCAGAUCUGGACUCUGGGGAAAAUGGAAAGAUUGUUUGCUCCAUCCAAGAUGACCUUCCUUUUGUCCUGAAACCUUCCAUUGAGAACUUCUAUACAUUGGUAACAGAAGGAGCAUUGGACAGAGAGUACAAGGCUGAGUACAACAUCACUAUUACAGUGAUGGACUUGGGCUCCCCGAGGCUCAAAUCUGAGUAUAAUCUCACAGUGCUCAUCUCGGAUGUCAAUGAUAACCCUCCCAUGUUUUCUGAGAGAACCUAUAAAGUGUGUCUUCAGGAGAACAACAGUCCUGCCCUCCACAUUGGCAGUGUCAGUGCCAGUGACAGGGACUCAGGAAUCAAUGCCAAAGUUACCUACUCUCUGCUGCCUCCAGAGCCUGACGACCUGCCCCUCUUCUCCUACAUUUCCAUCAACUCAGACAAUGGCUAUCUCUAUGCUCUGAGAUCUCUGGAUUAUGAAGCCAUCCAAGCUUUCCAGUUCACUGUGAGGGCAGCUGAUGGUGGUUCUCCAUCACUGAGCAGCCAGGUUCUUGUUCAGAUUGUGGUACAGGAUGAGAAUGAUAACUCUCCCUUUGUUCUGUACCCCCUGCAAAAUGGCACAGCUCCCUGCAAUGAUCUGGUGCCCAGAACUGCAGAGCCAGGUUACCUGGUGACCAAGGUGGUAGCUGUGGAUAGAGACCGGGGACAGAAUUCCUGGCUUUCCUAUCAGCUGCUCAAGGCCACAGACCCAGGCCUCUUCACUUUGUGGGCCCACAAUGGGGAAAUUCGCACAGUAAGAUCCAUCAGUGACAGAGAUGCCAUGAAGCAGACUCUUGUGGUGCUGGUGAAGGACAAUGGACAACCAUCUCUGUCUACAAUGGCUACACUAAAUGUGCUCUUGGUGGAUGGCUUCUCUGAGCCCUAUGCAAAACUACCAGGUGCAUCUAAGGAGGAAGUUCCCACUGACUCCCUAACAACCUACCUAAUAAUUUCCCUGACUACUGUCUCAUUUCUGUUCCUGUUAUCUGUUAUAAUUUUCAUUGUCAUUCACCUUUGGAAGAAGAAGAAGAAUUCCACUGACAUUAAGCACUUCACUUCAAAUAACCAUUUCCCAGGACACUUAGUGAAUAUCAGCAGGACAGGAACCCUAUCCCAUAGUUACCAGUAUGAGGUAUGUUUGGCCAGUGACUCAGGAGCCAGUGAAUUUAAAUUCCUAAAGCCUAUUAUUCCUACCCUUCCUACUUCAGAUGGAAAUAAGUACUCAGUUGAAAACUCAGCCUGAAGGAAUAGCUUUGGCUUCAAUUAGGGUUUGACCUGGACUUAAAUGCAUAGAGAUGAGGUUUUGUAGCUUCCUUCUCUUCCCUCUUCCAUUAUUUGCCUCACUUCCUGUAGCAUAAAAGAAUAGAUUUCCAUAUGAUUACAUUUUAUCAUAAUAUUUUUAUCUUCUCUUUCCACCUCUUCAUCCACAUUUUCCUCUCUGCUGCAUUCUUUCCUCACAAAUCUUUCUUCCUUCUUUUCCCCUUAAGUCAUAGAAUUUUCUCCCAGUUACCCUAUUACUUAUUUUUGAAAUGAAUGAACCAUCAUAUUUCCUUUUUAAUUUAUAACUUAAAUUUUAAUCUUCCUUAACCAGUGUUUUUUAAGUAUCAAACUUUAUUGUGGCUCCAUACUCUCACUCAGAGUUAUCCUCUCCUGUAUCACUUAGGAAGGAAUGCUUCCAGGAGUUCAUUCUUAUUAUGACAAUGAAAAUAAUUGUGGUUGUCCUGAAGGACAAUCUAGGCAGGUGUUCUGGUAUUUGUUCCUCAUUCCUUUUAAAGUGAGAGAUUCUCAGAGAACAUUAAUGACCUUGUAACCUAUUAGCUGUGGCCUCAAUAGUUUUUAUAAUUGCCCACAUACUUCAAAAAACUAAAAUUUAAGCUAUUUGCUUGGAUUUUGUUUUUCAAUUUUUAGACAUCACUGAAAAUAUUCCUUUUUGUGGUUUCUGAUGUCAGUUCCCUUACAAACACUUCAUUUUGGAAAAUAUCAAGAACUCAUCAAGAACAGUAAUAUAUUGGUGAAAAUAAAGGACUAUAAUACAGCUCUUUCAAAGUAAUGAAGACAAAUCUGUUAAAUUCUUGUGAAGAAGAACAUAUUCUGGCUUGGAAAUAGUUGUGAAAUAUUAAAUGCAGACUUCUGACCAGUGAAUAUUCCAAUGACACUGCACAUUAAUGAUGAUUUCUAAUCUUUAUUUAUUCUUAAUAUAAAUUUCAAAGUCAUGGCUUUGUUAUGGUUCUGUAAAGUCAUCCUUGUGAGCCACUUUGUGUGUGUGUGUGCCACUUCUCCCCUUCAAUCCCAUAGAUUUGAGUUUUUUGCAUCCUUUAGUUGGAUAAGAUAUUUUACAUCAGGUGUUAUUGUGAAGUUCAAAUGAGAUAAUAAUUGUAAAGAUCUUAGCAGAGUCCCUGGCACAUAAUAAGUAUUAAUAAAUGGUUGUUCUUUUCCUUCCUUAAGGUCUGAUAAUUGUUUUCUCAUUGGUUAUUUAAAUCAUCUUCCAGUAUGGGGAGAAUUCCAGUUCAUGAGUAUUACCAUCUUGGAAAAGCGUGUGCUUUUGAAUAUCUGUUUGAGAGCUUUGAGAGACUUCAAUUUUAUUGCACAAUAUUUAAUCUGGAAGGGUCUUCACAUGCUUUUCAAUUCAUUUCCUAUUCAUUGUUCAAUUUUGAAAAAAUGCCAUUUAAUGAUACACUUCUAAUUUUUAAAGAAUAUAUUAUCACCUGGAUUUGAAUGUAGAAGAAAGUUGCAUUUAUCUGAGGCAAAAAUCUACUCUUCAAUUUGCAAAAAUGUCACUUUUAAAUAUUUUAAAACUAUGUUUCAUACAAUCAUAUGGGUCAAGCACUUUUCUUCCUUUCAUAAUCGGAUGCCAAAAAGAUUUGUGAUUUCUUCAGCUUGAGGAACAGCAAUAACUUAAUAGACAAUUGACAGAGAUUGUACAGACAUGGUACAUAGAUAUUCAAUGGCUCAACAAUGGUCACAUAAGUAGUAAACUUCAGAGAAGGAAUUUUUGAUUAAGUAUUUUUGAAUCCAAUGAAAUAUGUUGUCUCUUAAACUAUGUUGCCUCUUUUCUAGGGUAACAUUACUGUAGAAAUGGUCUAGUUGUAUGCAGUUCUAUACUCAUAUCAUUAAAACUUAAAAUAGAGAAUGUGUAGAUAAUGUAGAGAAAAAUUUCAAUGUCAGAACAUUCUCUGCAGGUAGAAUUGGCAUAUAUGACAUUUAAAUUUUAUUUUUUCCUUUUUGUUUCUUCUUUUUACUCUUCUGACUAUUUCAGAAGUUGAUUUGAUGAAAUAGGCACUUUGAAAAUCAACAGCAUACACACACACUCUCUCAUAUUCUGAAGUUUUUUAUUUCUAAAAUUAAGAAACAUGCAAAAUUUUUCAUCAAAAAGACAAGAAUGUUGCGUAUGGAAUUACAAAUCUCUAUUACUUGUACUUUACUCUCAAAUGUAAUAUAAAUUUAGUGUUACUUAAAAAAUUAUACUACUUACCUAUGUUUCCUUAUGCUCUCUUCUGUGCGAGUUUUAAAAUGGUAAAAUAAUGCUCUUUUUGUUUCAUUCUUUUCUUCUCCCCCUAACAUUCUUAUGAAAGCUAUUCUUUAAGACAUAAGGCAAGUUCUAUUUGCCAGAUUAUUGCCUGUUUCUCACUUGUUAAUCUCAAAUAAAAAUUUUAUCAUCUAUUGCCCAUGUUCCAUCUUUGGUGAAUCUUCCAAGAAAUCUUUUCCCUCCAGAGAAACACAGUUCCCCCAGAGAAACAUACUUCUGGACUGAGAACCCUCACUUCUAGAGAAUAAAU